AUGUUCCGUUUCACCUUCAGCAUUCUUUUCCUCGCUAUUCUCGCUGUCUUCGUCUCAGCACGACCUCAGCUGCUGGCAACUGAGACUACCAGUGUCAACGGAGCCCCGGUGGGCGGAUCGAUCAGCUCGCCUUUAGGAACUAUCGGAACUGGAGUCAAUAGUGGUGUUGGAACCUAUGGCGGAGUCGGAUACCCGGCACAAGUCGGCGUUUCGAGGACGGAAGUUUUGGGAUAA